AUGUGUGACGAAGAAAAGGAUCAAAUGAUGACAAAGGAUGACAGUGAAUUAGGAAGUUGGAAACGUGCAGUUGUUACAUCUGACGGAGUAUGGCAUAACCGUGGAUAUUUUAGUAAAAAUGGAUCAUUCAUUAUAAAGAAUUACUUCACUGGGAGUAUUUUAUGGUAUGGGCAUAAAUGUAUGCAAGGUAAAGAUGACAUUAUAGAUGAAGAGUUAUUCGCAGGAACAUCUAAGUCAAUGAAAGGAUGUCUGGCUGAAGAGUGCUACAAGGAAGCCAAGGAUGAAGAAUGUGAUGUUGAAGUCAUUUGGCAAGAUGGUGAUUCAAGUGCAGCAUAUGCAAUUAGCAAGUGGCAUCCAAAAGGCGAAAUUUACAAGUGCGGCAGGCAUGUGGGUAGAGCUCAUUACAACAAGCGCAAAGAAGUAGCCAAGCAAAAGGAGUUUUCAGCUACCUUGAAAAAGAAAUACCAAGAUCAGUUCCCAUCAGUACUGACUGCCAAGUGUAAGCGUGAUAGACACAAAGCUGAUUGUGGAUGUCUUGGUGAUAGCUUUCUUACAAAUGCAAGAAUUAACCAUUUCUGUUGCCUCCAGCAAUGUGACAAAAGUGAAGAAUAUGCAAGGAGGAUGAUUGCCCUUGGAACAUAUCAUAGUAAAGAUGUUCAUACGUGGGGUGAUGCUGAUGGGCAAUCAUGUGGAUUUCACCCAGACGUUGUGUGCUGA